CAGAGGAGCUGCCAGUGUCGCCGCCGCUGCCACGCACCGGCCAACAGACCCCGGCGCUCCUCGCAGCAACAAGCCGUAGCCGCUGCUCUCCUCCGGCCCCAAGUAAUCGGCCGCCGAACGACAUGCCCCUCCUGUCUCUGUGUGCUCUCUCGGCACGCUAAUCGAGGUGUCGGUUCAUCGGCUCGCUCGGCCUGGCGACGGGCAGGGUGGACGCCGUCGCAGGGUGCGUCUGGCGACGGCAGCAGACGCCAUUUUACAGGAAGAGGGCAGCCGGGCCUGUCGGCGAGAGGUAUCCCGCCGUCUGCAAUGGCCAACGUGCUCUGUAACAGAGCAAGAUUGGUCACCUACCUGCCAGGGUUUUAUUCCUUAGUCAAAAGAGUUGUAAAUCCCAAGGCUUUUUCUACAGCAGGUUCCUCUGGCUCAGAUGAGCCUCAUGUUGCUGCUACACCUCCUGAUUUAUGUCCAAGAACUGUGUGGCCAGAUGAAGUAAUGGGUCCGUUUGGUCCUCAGGACCAGAGAUUCCAGUUGCCUGGUAAUAUUGGUUUUGACUGUCACCUAAAUGGCACCGCUUCUCAGAAGAACAGCCAAGUUUCAAAAAGUCUGCCUGAUAUAAUAGCAGAGCCUUCAGCGAGUGAAAGGCAUGAAUUUGUAAUGGCACAAUACAUAAAUGAAUUUCAGGGUGCUGAUGUUCCACAGAAACAGCAAAUAAAUAAUGCUGAAACUUACUUUGAAAAUGCAAAGGUAGAAUGUGCAGUACAAGCUUGUCCUGAACUGUUACGAAAAGAUUUUGAGUCAAUGUUUCCAGAAGUGAAUACCAGCCAGUUAACAGUAUUAACUGUCACCCAGAAGACUAAAAAUGAUAUGACUGUAUGGAGUCAAGAAGUGGAGGAUGAAAGAGAAAUGCUGUUAGAAAAUUUCAUUAAUGGUGCCAAGGAAAUUUGCUAUGCAAUUUGUUCAGAAGGCUAUUGGGCCGACUUCAUUGAUCCAUCCUCAGGACUGGCAUAUUUUGGAUCCUACACAAACAACACUCUGUUUGAAACAGAUGAACGCUACCGCCACUUGGGAUUUUCCAUUGAUGAUCUUGGCUGCUGCAAAGUUAUUCGUCAUAACAUCUGGGGUACUCAUGUGGUUGUAGGAAGUAUUUUCACUAAUGCUGAACCUGACAGUCCGAUCAUGAGAAAACUAAGUGGAAACUACUAGUCUUUAAAUUAGUUUCACAAGUUCUUAUGACCUUUGCGUUCUCUUCCUUGAUAAUUCUCUAAGCAUUAUCAGGAACUGCCACAAAUAAUAAAGUAGCCGUUAUUUAUUUUAGUCUUUAUGAGUAUGUGUUCACCAUAUAUGACUUAGAAUAUUAAUUGACAGCAUUCAAACACAUACCGUUAUGCUACAUAAAUUUAAGCUGUGAGUUUCUUUCACCUUGAAUGAGUUUAAAUAUACAUAUACAUGGCAAUGUGCAUACCCAUUUUUAAUAUUAUCGUAACAAUUUUGUCCUUCAGUGUCUGAGACAUCUGUGCUCUUAAUAUUAAAAAUCCUGAUGCCACUGCAGUUUCUAGGAAUUUUGUCACUCUCUGAAAUGAGCAAGUGGCAAAAAAAAAAAAGUGAAGUAAUAAAAUUAUUUUGCUGGAAUAUAAAACUUAAUAGAAACUACAGAAGUUAUGCUGGACUAAUCCCUCAUUUGCUGUUCCAAAAUGAGAAUAAUGAAGUAAGCAUUCAGUGAUCUCUAACUACAAGUUGUACUUCAGCAGGAAAGUGCUCACUCAAAUGCUACAUCCAGCAACUCAGUAAAAGUCUUAAAUUACUCCAGAGUCAAUCAUCUCUUAAUGUUUUGGGGUUUUGGUUGGGUUUUUUUUUUGGUUGGUUGGAUUUUUUUGUCCUUAUGUUGCUUGGGAUUUUUCUUUCUCUGUGUUAGCUGAAUAUAUUUAAUUAGUUUAUAUUUGUAAAAGUAAUUUAAAGUGGCUUUUGUAACUUAGGUCAUUAAAUACAUUGUGGGGAAAGAAAAAGAAGAUAAUAGGGCAAUGCUUGGAUGUCAUCGUUGUUUUCCUGUACCUGGAUGCAAUUUAGACUUGUCUCUGUGGAAUUUUGAAAUGCAAAGAGCAAUUAUGAUCAAUUAUUGCAAUUAUGAUCAAUUAUAAAAAUAUUUCAACAGGAAGAUUCCAGUAAACUAGUCAGUCUCUUCAGGUAUCAUAAAAGCAAUGAGGUCAGUUGAAGUUACUGGAGGAACAAUAGUGAAGAAAAUUCAAAGCACAUGAAAUAACAUAACUGUCAGCUGCUUCACUUCAGAGACUAAGUAACAAACUAGAUUUUAAUCUCCUUGCAGUCAGUUAGUGAGGCCAUUUGUUAAUACACCUCAGGAGUAGCUAUGCCGGUUCAUGUAACAAUGGGAAUCUUUCAGUCCUGAUGCCAUCAAAAUAUAGUGCAACUUUUGUCUCUAUAAUGGAGGCACAAGAUGAUGAUGUAAGAGGUUUAGCUUCCUGUGGGAUAGCUGGGGAUUUUAUUCAUUGUGUUUUUUCCCAGUGUUUACUGACACAGAUUGAAAACUUGUUCUAGGUUUGUAUAAUACUUCUGUUCCUUGCUCAGGGUCUAAGACAGUUAUCACCAAAGUCUUUUUAUUGGCUUUUAAUGGGUUUAGAACCUUACCCUUUACUAAGUGCCUGUAUCUGUCUUUGUUAAUGACUUCUGCAAGCCUGUGACUUUGCUGGAUCCCUGAGGCAGAAGUGGGGAAGACUCUCCACUGGAGGAGUGCUGUCUACUCUAAAGUCACACACUAAGCCAGGAACUCAGAGGUGAUCCUGCUCACCUACCAUCAUUGUCAUCACUGCUGGCUCUAGCCUGCACACGUUCCAAGGUUGAAGUGUAUGGCUUUCGAGGCAGGAUAUGCUUGUCACCAUGUUCUGGAAUUUGUGCUGUAUUUCCAGAGCCCAAGUUCUUGACUGCCACUACUGUCAAGAAAGAUGUAUUACUUCAGAGUCUUUUAUUAUUAUUUUUUUUUUCUCAUUCUCAUCAAGAGGAUUAAAACAAAUCUUGAGAAGCUGCAAUGUGUCUUGUCUGUUUGCAAAAUACAGUUAAAUUAGCUCAUUUGAUGAGAGGGUUGGUGUCUUUGGUCAAUACAGCAGCCUUGGGGAAAACUUCAGAUAAAACUGGAGAAAUAAAUUCUAUGAAAUGGUUCACACUUUAACUCUAGAAGACUUGCUGCUAUCAUUCCUUCAGAUGAUAUUGCUGUGCUUACCUUCCUAUGUUUUAGAAAGGGAGGGAGCCAUCAGGUAGCUAUUCAGUUUAAGUUUGAGAUGCUGCCUUUUUGUUCAUGUUCUUUAAAGUUUUGUCUUGUAAAGGGCUUUUACAGUAGCUUUCUAGUGCCUUCAGUGCGGGGCAAAAAUCUCAAAGUAGUGGGAGUUUAGGCUUGACUUCACUAAUACUGAUGUGCCAUGACAGAAUGUGAGGGGAGGUGUGAUUUCCUGGUAUUUUUCUAAAUGUUCUGGUACAUACUGAUUCUCAAAAGAGGUUAAAACUGUUCCAGUUCUGUUUGCCUUGCAGAGCUAUACUGUGUAUUAAUUAACUUGCUACUAUAAAAAUUCUUGAAUACAGUGUAACUGUACUUCUGAUAAUAAACUUUCAGUGUUAAAGAAUUAA